AUUUCUAUCUAUUGUAGGCUCAAUGAAAUAAUUUUUUAUUCCAUCACAAAGUAUCAACAAAUGGGAAUAUUUCAACUAGAAGUAUCAUAAAUUUCCAAGUUCCACCAUCUAUGGACAAACCUAAUAGCACAAUGGGUCCAGAAAGUGAAGCAGAUUUUGAAGAUCGAGAUCCAAAUAAUUUGAAUCCACAUCUACAGGUAAUGUGGGACGAUGUAAUAGGAGAGCCAGAUGGAAUCAGGAGUCCAGAGUGUGCUUGGAGAUUAAGCGGCCACUGUUUCAGACUCUCGAGAAGUUGUUGUUAUAUAUUUCUUUCAAUUUUAGUCGCUCCUAUUACUGCACUCAUUUUAGGAUUUACUUUUGCCUGUGUAUCAUUUCAACAUAUCUGGUGUAUAGCACCAUGCUUGAGAAUUUGGAAAAUAUCAUGUGCAGCAACGAGAUCAUUUUUUACAGCAUGUACUCAUGCUCUAGUUAGACCAUGCACAGAAUCUCUUGGCUAUAUGUUUAAUAAUGUUCGGAUUUUCAAUCAAAAAAUACCAGAUGGACAGUAUCAUAAAGAAGAUGCUUUAAUUGUUUGAAUAAUUAUUCUUAGAGUGGUCAUCUACAAUCAUCAGUCAGGAAGAUCAAUGAUCAUCAAAGAAUGAAGAGUCAGGAGCUCCAAGAAAUUAUGACAACGUAGUAAAAGAAAAGCUACCGUGAUAAACAAAAACACAUCAGCCUGUGUUUUUUUUACAAGAUGACCAAUCUAGGAUUAAAUUAAAU